AUGGUCAAGAUUGCGAUUGCGGGUGGCUCCGGCAACGUUGCAAGGGAGAUUAUUGAUGCUCUCCUUGCUGUCAAGAAGCACGAUAUUUUGGUUCUGUCUAGGAAGGAGGUCCCAGCUGGAGAGGCUACCCAGAGCAUAACGUGGGUUAAGGCAGACUACGAAGACCCGAAGCAGCUGGUUCAGGCCUUGCAGGGAGUGCACACCGUGCUCUCCUUCGUUUCUACAGUGGACGAUCCAGCGAGCACUGCCCAGAAAAGUCUCAUCGAUGCUGCAGUUGAAGCUGGCGUGAAACGCUUUGCGCCCAGCGAAUGGGCUACAUCCAGCAUGGAGCACCUCGGCUGGUACGCCUACAAGGCAGAAAUUCGCCGAUAUCUCCAAGAUUUGAAUAAAGAUAAGAAAGUUCUUGAAUACACGCUCUUUCAGCCUGGGCUAUUCGUGAACUAUUUCACCCACCCUCAUCAGUCGUCCAGACAUAUCCACUCAAUGGAAAUGACGAUCGAUUUCGCCAACCGCCGGGCUAUCUUGCUGGACGGUGGCGAUGAUGACUAUCUAACUCUUACUACUGUACAGGAUGUCGCCAAUGUGGUAGCCAGGGCUGUUGACUUUGAGGGCGAGUGGCCAGUUGUUGGUGGUAUCAGAGGCACCGAUGUGACCAUCCGGCAGCUUGUUGCCCUCGGUGAGAAAGUUCGCGGUGGGGCCCCUUUCAAAAUCGAAAGGGUGAAGGCGCAGGAUCUUGAAAGCGGAGCAUGGAAGACAUCGUGGGUACCAAAGCUGGAUCACCCCUCCAUCCCACCUGAGCAGGUUGAUGUAUUCUCGAGAAUGAUUGUCGUCGGUUUUUUGCGAGCCAUUGCCGCCAAGGCUUAUAAUAUCUCGGAUGAGUGGAAUCGGUUGUUGCCAGACUACAAGUUUACUCAGGCUGAAGAGUUCUUGACUGAGGCAUGGCAUGGUAAGCCCUAG